AAAAUCUCACAGUUUAAAUAAUGUUUUAGCAUUAAAAACAAAAAUACACUGUAGGCAGUCCCUGUACCAUUCAUUUGUUUGGUGUCAGUCUGGAUUUUUUUUGUGUUAUUAAGGUUUUGAAUCUUCUUUUUCCUUCAUGUUGCUGCUGAUUUCACUUUCCAAACAGUGUUUAAUUUCAGUCUCACUCUGUAGGGCAGUCACAGGAAGGGCUUCCAUGAUCUCCACAGGGUGGAUGUGGAGGAUUUCAGCCAUCUGCUGGGAAAAGUUAGACCAUCAUCCAAAAAAAAAAGACAAAUUGGGAGAGCCAUCCGUGCCGGACAACGGCUCACAGUAACUCUUCUAUUCCUUGCUACUGGUAAAGAGUCCAUUUCAGAACAUUUUUAAUGUUUAACAUAUGUUGUGUCAUUUUUAGUACACAGUAACCUGUUCCUCAUUCGUAAGAGAGACCUUCAGAUCCCUGGAGUUCCAGUUUUGAAUCGGUCAUACUACUAUCAGUGAGACAGUUAUGAGGACUUGUGAUUUCUCGUAUCAAGGCUUAAAGGAUGAACAUUUGAAGACUCAAUCUUAGAUGUGCCAUGUGUGCUAGCUGGAGAUGAGAAUGAAACCCAGUCGCAGCCUACUCCUGUGUCUAUGCUCGAUGCUGGCUCUGGGAUUCCUCUACUACUCAGGGAGGAUCAGCUUACAAGGAUGGGGCUACAAAUCACUGUAUGACAAACAAGGAUUUCUUCUGAAGCUGGAUGGUAGUCUGCCUUUGGAGCUGAUGUACAAGUAUGGCAAUCUCAGUGAGGGAGCCUGUAAGCCUGGUUUUGCCGCUGCCAAGAUGACCGCCAUUUAUCCAAAGUUCACCAAACUGGCACCAAUGUUCCUUGAUCCACAUUACAAACGAUUUUCCAAGCUUGGAGAUUAUUCGCCUCCAUUUGGGAUAAAAUCACAAGAGAAGAUAAUAGAUAUUCUUCUGUCUGCUACUAAGAGCUAUGGCCUUGGGGAAGAAGUCGACAGUAUGAGCUGUAAGACGUGCAUCAUAGUAGGGAAUGGAGGAAUCCUUGCCAACAAGUCUCUGGGACAGAGGAUUGAUGAGUUUGAUGUGGUGGUCAGGUUAAACCAGGCCCCAGUGAAAGGCUUUGAGAAAGAUGUUGGCUCCAAGACCACCAUGAGGAUCACCUAUCCUGAAGGUGCCAUCCAAAAGAGAGAAGGCUAUGAGGCUCAGUCCCUGUUUGUCCUGUCUGCCUUUAAAGCUCUGGACUUCAAAUGGCUUCGACACAUGGUCUUCAACCAGAGGCUGCGUAGCACUGAUGGGUUCUGGAAGUCGGUGGCCAGACACGUUCCAAGGGAACCCUGUGACAUACGCAUCCUAAACCCCUACUUCAUCCAGGAGGCUUCCUUCAAGUUGAUUGGCUUACCUCAUAACAAUGGAAAGAUGGGCAGAGGGAAUAUUCCAACCCUGGGAACAGUUGCCAUAACGAUGGCUCUUCAUAACUGUGAUGAAGUAACUGUGGCUGGAUUUGGCUACAACAUGAGCACCCCCCACGCCCCUCUGCACUAUUAUGAGAAGAUCAGGAUGUCCGUCAUCAAAGAGUCCUGGACUCACAAUAUAUCCAAAGAAAAGGAGUUCCUGGUCAAGCUGGUGAAAGCUGGAGUUAUCCAGGACUGGACCAGUGGGAUCUGUGGAGCUGAAUGCUUAUGAUCUGCACUCAUCUGCAAGUCUUCUGGAUGCAGCACUGUGCUCACCUCCACCUGCUCCAACAUCUGAAGAUGGAAACUUGAGGCUUUGUAGGCCAUUUUCCCAGCAGAGAGCAGCAGCAGUUACAGACAGUGGUUAGUGCAGAGCCUGUGAGUACAUGAGGCUUAUUGACCAGGAUACCCUGGUUCAAGGGAAUGUCAGCAGUGUUGGGAAUCAAUCCAGCACCUAGACCAGGCUACCUUCCCUGUAGAACUGCUGCAAGCUUUAGAGUGGAGGAGAGGAUGAGGAUGCUGGGUUUAUAGAUACUUCUACAAGUGUCCUUCUGCUCAUAAAUCUGAAUGUACUCUGCAUCAAUCUUGGAGUCACUUAAUUCUGUCUUCCUCUUUCUGUGUUAAACACGGUGUGCACCUCACAAUACAUAACUCAGCCGCCCUGGACCAAGGCAACAUGUUAGAGUCAGAAUUAAGCUAAAAAGCUAGGGAGCAUGAGCAAAUGAGAGCUUCCUCAUCAGCAGUCGCAUGAACAUCAAACUGACUAGACAAGUGUAGAGGUGUCACAUUAUUUUUGUAAGACAACAAGGUGUGUGUGUGGGGGGGGUGUAUAUAUAUAUCCACACACACAUAGAUGGAUAGAUUGAAAGAGAGAGAGAAACUCACCACUGGGUAUGGCUGAAUUGCACUUCUCUUUCAAUGUGGCCAGAGCAGCUUGUAUCUGUGCAGCAUGAUCCACACUUCUGAAUAUAUAGAAUUGUCUGUAUUUAUUGAUAAUUGAGUUAAAUUAAUAUUAUAUCAUGCCUAUCUUUUUGUCGGUGACUGUUUCUGUCUCUUGUCCUUUGAAGUCCAUGAAUCAGGAGAAGGAAUGCUACACUUGUCUUUCGACUAAUAUUUACUGUUGAGAAAAUACUCUAUAUGUACUAUAUUUUUUGUUAAAUAUAAAAGGUGCUGGCAAAAUUACUUGAAACAUUAAUGAAAUGGAUCCAAUGGAGACAUGCCAAAGCUGUGGUGAAACCAGAAAGUGAUGUAGCCACAUCAAGUUGUGGCAUGUGGGGGUACCUUUCAAAGUCUUCGGUUUUUUUUUUUGUUUUUUAAAGCUUGACUCUCAGGUCAUGUUGUUGAGUGUCACUGUUGUGUAGACCAGACAAAU